AUUGAUAUUGGAGCUGGCGGCAGGUCCCCAUGGGGCCCGCUCAGUGUGCUAAAGGAGGGCCGAGGGCCUUAGGCCGACUUGGCCACUGCCUGCCACCUGCUGACAGUGGUUAAGGCCCCAAUCCUCUCUGUGACCUGGUUUCCCCUUCUGUGAGGUGCUGAUGGUGGUUCCUGCCCUGCCAGCUGUUCUGCGAAUGACCCUUGUCUGGUGGAAAGCACUGGGAGCCUGCUGAGGAAUGGUGUGAUCUACCAUGCCUUUUCUCAGAAAGAGGCCAAAGAGCUCGACAUUCAGCUUCCGGGAGCACAGCAGGCCGAGGCCUUCGUGAGGGCCUUCCUGAAGCACAGCACGUCCCACAUGAGCCAGCAAGCCCGCGAGGACCAGCUGCAACGCAAGGCUGUGGUCCUGGAGUACGUCACUCGCCGGAAGCACAAGGAGAAGAGAAAGAAAUCCAAGGGCCUCUCUGCCAGGCAGAGGAGGAAGCUGCACCUCUUCGACAUUAAGCCAGAGCAGCAGAGAUACAGUCUUUUUCUCCCUCUGCAUGAACUCUGGAAGCAGUACAUCCGGGACCUGUGCGGUGGUCUCAAGCCAGACACGCAGCCGCACAUGAUUCAGACCAAGCUGUUGAAGGCAGAUCUUCAAGGGGCUCUCGUUUCAGUCACGAAAUCCAAAUGCCCGUCCUAUGUGGGUGUUACAGGAAUCCUCCUACAGGAAACAAAGCAUGUUCUCAAAAUCCUCACCAAAGAAGACCAUCUGAAAGGUACGGAACUGUCUCAGGGUGUGUGGCCUGUGGCCUCCCCGGCUUCGUCGGCCCUUUCCUCGUGGCUUCAGUGGGUCCAUUUGGCCUCUCAGGUCAGCACAGAUUGCAGAUCCCUGCUGGCCGUGCGUCCCAUGCCUGCCGAGAGCGCCCCUGCCCUCACAGCUCUCCCCAGGGCAUCUGGAGCCCAGCCAGCAGCCGCAGCCAGAUGGGACUGGAGACAGCGCUACUGGGCUGCACUUCCAGAUACGAGGGUCCGUUUCCAUGACUGAGACCCUUCCCUGCCCCAACCUACUGCCCUGCCCCAAGGAGUGGAGCUAAGCAGACCCUGAGGGGAGCCAGCUUAGUGCUUGUCCC